ACUGCUUUAGCAACUGGUCAUUUCAGUGCUUCUUCUGCAUGCGAUUUUAGCAAAGAAUAUAGUACUUUUAUCAUGAAGACUGGAAUUGCUGCUCUUGUGGCAGGAAUUAUUGGUGCUGUUGGCAUUAUCUUAUUUUUGGUAGCAUUUGGAACUGAAUAUUGGUUACUUGCAACAGAGACCUGUGGAAGUUUUGACUCUAACAAUGGAACUUUGGAUAUUGAAGAAGAGUAUGAUGAAGAUGUGAGAGACUAUGAAGAAAUGUCAGUGAUUUACCAUCAUGAAGGCUUCUUCUGGAGAUGCUGGUUUUUUGGAGAUGAUCCACAAACUUCAGUUUGGAGAUACUGGUUUAUGAACCAGCCUCAUCCUAAGCGCUGUAUUCCUGGAUAUCUCUUUCCAAUGCAAAUUGCUGUUGGGCCUUUUUCACAUCCAUCCUUUGAUGCAACUGCUGUGUACAGAGGCUUUUGGACAAUCUUCAUUAUUUUAGGUGCUGCUUCUAGUCUCUCAGGGGGAUUUCUGCUGGUGUAUGGGGUGCCCUUUGCCAGUGCUGGAUGUUAUAAAGUUGGAGGUGGCUUCCUGAUGAUCUCAGAUCUGUACCUUGUCCAGUCAUCAUCAGAGAGGCUUCCUCUGGCAGCAGAAGGGAGCAGAUGCAGCCACAGCCAGACAUGCCUGGAGAGUCUAAAUUUGAGGUCUCCAUUGGGUUCCUCGCCUCAGAGCUUGGUGAACCCUGCUGGAAAGGGGGAGAAAGAUUGUAGGAGUCAGGCAGGGCGGAAGACACCAGACUUACUGAAUCAACUAAGCAGGGCUCAUAUGGGCUCACAGACUGAAGUGGUAAGCACGGAGGCUGAAUAG